AAUUUGUACUUCCCUGGUGGUGUUGACUUCAACUCAUAUUAUACUAGCACUAAAAAAUUGUAUUAUUAUGGAUUAUCCAAUUUUUUUUACUUGGAUUUAUCAAAUAUAACCCUUGAUGGGAAUACCGUUAUUGAUUCAUCUAAAUGGAUUCAAGUCACUACCUAUGCAAGUUUCACUCUAGCAUAUUGGCCAUUUUUAGGUGGUAUAUCAAGCGAUAAAUUGUUCUUUACUACACCGGCCACUUAUGGGACAUCCGCAGGAUUAUUUGUUGAUGCAUAUGACACUACGUUAAACAAAUGGGAAACAAAUAUUAGCUUCACAGGAAACCCUGGCCAAACUUUUUUAGAUUUUAAACCCUGGAUUACCGAUAGAAGUACGGGAAAAACCUAUUCGCUUCAAUAUAUUCCCGGCAUUAUAGAAAUUUUUGACACAGUCAAUUAUGCGUGGACAAACAGUUCAGUAAUUCCACAAACAUAUACAACUUAUUUCAGCACAUCUUUGUCAUCUCUAUAUGGUCCACCUCAAGUUUUGUUACCAAGUGGCAUAAUAUUAUAUUUUGCUAGUGAAUCGUCUUCAUCUAUAAUUAGUGAUACAGCAACGUCAAUGGGCAAUAUAUUAUCAUAUAAUAUCAAGGCAAACUCAUGGCAACUUAUUAAUACUACAGGUCAGAUACCUAGUUUACGUACUGAUUACACGGCUGUUUCAGUUUCAGACGGACGCGUUAUUAUAUAUGGUGGAACGAGCAAUAAAUUAGCUGCCAGUCCAUCCAUCGUAGUUCUAAAUACUUCUAAUUAUGUGUGGUCAGCGCCAUCUGAAGUAAAUCCUGUUGGGCCAUUAGCUCAACAUACCUCUGUUAUGGCUAAUAAUUUUAUGAUUGCAGCAUUUGGCAUAAAUGUGACCGAAAGAAAUAUUCUUUCACAAAAUAAUAAAAACAUUUAUAAAUUGGAUGUAUCAGAUCCAUUAACUUAUAAAUGGUCUGUAUUAUCCAUUUAUAAUGAUUUAACUGUGCCGGUACCUAUUUCACCAACAUACGCAACACCUAAUAUACCGACAUUUAACGGUUUUAACGGUUUUUCGAAUUCAUCAUCCCAAUCCUCGAAUAAUAAUAAUACUAAUUUGCCUAUUAUCAUUGGCGUUACCGCGGGUGUAAUCGUUCUUGUAUGUUUUAUUGUAGUUUUAUUCUUUAAGAGAACUCAGCCAAAACUGGAUUAUAUUCCGACAGCUGGUAGCAAUCGUGAAAUGGAUUAUCGUGAAAUGGAUUAUAUUCCGACAGCUGGUAGCAAUCGUGAAAUGGAUUAUAUUCCGACACCCGGUAGCAAUCGUGAACUGGAUUAUAUUCCGACACCUG